UAAAAUUAGGGAGUGUUAGUUUAAAUUCAAAUAGCGUUUGAAAAUCGUAGCUGCUCUGAAGUCUGAACUCAAAGAUGGCUUCUCCAAUGGCUUAUUCUGGUCUGGAGGACAAGGAUCUCGACGACGCCGCGUUGUGGGCUGUAAUUGACUCAGCCGUGGCCGCCUCGGCUUCCUCCAAAUCUCGCAAGCCUAUCGCUAUCAAAUAUCCUAGUCUUAAUCCCAAUUUUCGUUCAAACGCAUCUCCUCCAUUAAUGCUCACCAAGACCACUGCAAACCCUUACUGCACUAAACCUGCUUCCAAGUCCAAGUUCUGCACUGAGGGUGAGGUAUUGGAGGAGGAACCUUGGGUUUUCUGCCCGCCGAGGAAGAUCCAGAGGACCUGCUCUUCCGAAGUUAGCGAGACAAGCCCUCUCGCCGUAGUUAGGAAUGUGCAGCGCACGCCUACCACGACAGCCUAUUCCACUCCGGAAAAGUAUAUGUCGCCGGAGAUCGGAAGGUUCACUUCCUCAGAAUGUUCACCCGGUAUUAGUGGGAGGAGUCAAGACAGGGAGUGUUCAGGGCAGCACAGCUUGUCCGGCAUGUUUCCGUCCGUUUCAUUAUUUAAGGAGUACCAAAACGCGGCUAUGGCGAUAUUGGAGAAAACUGAUUACACUAUGAUAUCUGGAAACCCUUUCAUAAAAAAAACAGGUUGGAGGAAGAUAUCAUUUUACUUUAAUCUGUCUUAUGAAAUCAAAGACAAGACAAUUGAGUUUGAUGAGAACCGUAAUGUUCAGCGUGCUGAAUUCGUGGUUCGAGCCUUCAUGCAGGGUGGUAGGUUUUCUGAUGGAUGGGGUUCAUGUGAGCGGCGUGAGAAGAGAUUUUUGAAACCAAAUCAUGAUAUUCCCAGUACAGCGGAGACCAGAGCCAAAAAUAAAGCAUGCCAGGACCUGCUAGGAAUAGGAGAGUAUAGACCUGGUGCGGGACAGGUCAAUCGAUAAAGAUGAUCCCAUUAAUUGUCACUAUUGCUCAAUGAGUAAGCAAUGGAUCAUGAAAAUCGAUAGAUUCACUCAUAGGCAAAGGACUAGAAGUUUAUAAUAAUAGUAGAACAGUAAAUUUGUGAUUAACUGAUGUAAUUUCUUUCUUUGCUCUACACUGAAAAGAGUGUUACGGAAUAUAUAAUAGAUUAACAAACUAGAACAAUUGAGGACUCAAAAAUGCCAACAAUACUCACUCGUCCACUGUAUGAUGUAUUAAUUUUCGGUGAUAUAGGUGUCCAAUUGCAGUCUUGUUCUA